GCAUAGUACGAAAGGCAUUGAACAUAAGUCAUUAUUGAAUUGUGACACCCAAAAUGUCAAAGUUCAUCCCUGGUGUUAGUUUUUAAAAAAAGUAGAAUAUUUCGUGUCAAUGCAAGGUGUUAUAAUGUUUCGUGGUUGUUGAGUGUUCCUUUAUUAUUUAUCAAGUUCCCAUUCUGAUGGAUUGCAGAUUAUGGUAAAAAGAAAUUAUUGAACGGUGCAACAAAAAUCUAGCAAUAUGCUGAUUAAGGAGUAUAGAAUACCUCUUCCACUCACAGUGGAAGAGUAUCAGAUUGCACAGCUUUAUAUGAUAGCAAAGAAAAGUCGAGAAGAGAGCUCUGGUGAAGGCAGUGGUGUGCAAAUUAUAGUAAAUGAACCAUAUGAAGACGGUCCCGGUGGAAAAGGACAGUACACUCAGAAAGUGUAUCAUGUUGGGAGCCAUUUGCCAGGCUGGUUUAAGAGUUUACUUCCAAAGUCAGCUUUGACUGUGGCAGAAGAGGCUUGGAAUUCUUAUCCAUACACUAAAACAAGGUAUACCUGUCCAUUUGUUGAAAAAUUUUCACUUGAAAUUGAGACUUACUACUUUGCUGACAAUGGUCAUCAAGAAAAUGUAUUCAAGUUAUCUAAAAGCGAUUUGAAAAAUAGAUUAGUGGAUUUCAUAGAUAUUGUUAAAGAUCAGACCAGUGAAUAUAUAAAAGAGGAAGAUCCAAAAUGUUAUGUGUCACAAAAAUGCAACAGGGGUCCCCUCUCCGACACUUGGUGUGCUUACAAACUCUGUCGAGUUGAAUUUAAAUAUUGGGGUAUGCAAACAAAACUAGAAAAGUUCAUUGAUGAUGUUGCCUUACGUAAAACGAUGGUAAGGGCUCAUCGUCAAGCAUGGGUUUGGCAAGACGAGUGGCAUGGACUCACUAUGGAUGAUAUUCGUGAAAUCGAAAGGCAAACCCAAUUAGCGCUACAAAAGAAAAUGGCGGGAGAAACAAGUGAGGAACAGGAUGUAUCUGAAGAAAAUUCAAAGUCACUUGCAGCUACAAUGAGUAGUUUAGAGAAAAAUGAAGACUUGGAUACUCCAUUGACUACCAAGAAAACGAAUGUGGAAAAGAGAGUUCCUAAACAUUUGUCGCCAGAGAGUACUCCACCACUGGAACAGAAGAGUUCUGUGAAAAGCAAUUUAAGGUCAUCGUCUUCUGGAUCCAUAAAGAGCUUACAAGCACAAGUUGCUAAUUGGCGUAUGGAAACACUUGUGAGGGAAUCAGAAACUGAAACUGGAUCUGAAGAUGAAUUUUAUGACUGUGAAUCAUCAUUUAACAAAUGGUCCUCAAUGUGUUCUCUUGAUGAAAUGGAAAUCGAUAUAUCACCAACUCAGGGUGAUCAAAGUCAAGAUGACAGUAUUUUCAAUCCAACAUUCUUAAAAAGAGUAACGUCAGAGAGAGGUUCACGUCGCAUUAUUACAUUACAAAGUCAUCAAAGCAUGGACGGUUGCCCGGAAACACCUAUCCUCAGUUCAUGCCCGACUACUGUAUUGGUACUAGUUUUUCACGCCGGUAGUGUUCUCGAUGCAACUAUUGACAUGGCUGCGAAAAAAUCAGAUGUGACAACAUUUAAAGGUGCAUUUGAAUCUGUAAUGCGCCAACAUUAUCCAACUUUAGUUGGCCAUAUUGCAAUAAAACUAGUUUCAUGUCCUUCCAUUACUACGGAAGCAUUAGGCAUUUUGUCUACGUUAAGUCCUUAUAGCUUUGAUUGUUCUCCAUCGACUUUGGAAACGCCUUCUAUGACUAAUGAUCUAAUCCCUAUCGGUGCUAUUCCAUUGCUCGCGACAAGCUCUCCUGAUUAUGUUGAUUCGGUUACGAAGACAAUAGCUUCAGCUAAUACGGUUUAUAAUGAGUUUGCCAAGUCUGAGGACGGCAAAGGAUUUAAUGGUCAAGUGAGUAUAGUUGCUGACAGUAUGGGUUCACUAUUAGCUUACGAUGCCCUAUGUCGCACUGUGCAGUAUCAAUCGCGUCAUGAUAGCGAAAACAGUGUUUUAAAUACUGAAAUUACCAUUCCAAAUGAACCUAGUGAAAAUUACUUGAACAAAUCGCUUUUACAAGCUCCUACUCCACGGCGGCGAUCAUCUUCCACGAGUGACAAUCAAACGAAGUUAGAAUUUGAAGUGAACGACUUUUUUACUUUUGGUAGUCCACUUCCAUUAAUUUUAGCUUCAAGAAAAAUUGCGGAUGAUAAAACUCGAGAUAUUAUGAAGCCACCCGUACAACAAGUGUACAAUCUGUUUCAUCCGACAGAUCCGGUUGCGGCCAGAUUAGAGCCCCUAUUGUCCGCACGAUUUACAAAUCUGCCGCCUAUCAAUGUUGCUCGAUAUGCGAAGUAUCCUCUCGGAAACGGACAGCCUUAUCACCUAAUGGAAUUGAUACAAAGCGAUCCUCAGCUAUUUGGAGACCAUUUACAAAUGCCACCAACUCCAAUAUUGCGACGACUUUCUGAGGCCUCCGUUCAAAGUACUGUCAGUGGAUUGGUUGAUAAUAUACCAUUAAUAACCAUGAAUGCUUUGCAGCAGAAGUGGUGGGGAUCUAAACGACUUGAUUAUGCCCUGUACUGCCCUGAAGGCUUAUCGAACUUUCCCACAAAUGCGUUACCACAUUUAUUCCAUGCUAGCUAUUGGGAAAGCUCUGACGUCAUUGCCUUUAUUUUGAGACAGGUUGGUCAUUUCGAUUUAGCGUUUUACGGCCAUGUUGAAGACAAAGAUAGUACAAUGUUCAAACCGGGACAAGAAAGAGAAAAAUGGAUAAGAAAACGUACGUCUGUUAAACUGAAAAAUGUCGCUGCCAAUCAUAGAGCUAAUGACGUUAUAGUGAAAGAAGGAUCUCCUCAAACCUUCACAGCGAGGUUUAUGUAUGGACCAUUGGAUAUGAUCACUUUGACGGGAGAGAAAGUAGAUAUACACAUGAUGAAAGACCCUCCAGCUGGCGAAUGGACAUUAUUAUCAACUGUAGUGACUGAUAAAGCUGGAAGGAUAACAUAUACAUUGACUGAAAAGCAAAGUGUUGGCUGUGGCGUAUAUCCAGUGAAGAUCGUGGUUCGGGGCGACCACACUAGUUGCAACUUCCAUUUGGCAGUAGUACCUCCGCAAACCGAGUGCGUGGUGUUCAGCAUCGACGGCUCUUUUACUGCCAGCGUGUCAGUGACUGGGCGUGACCCCAAAGUGAGAGCCGGGGCCGUGGACGUUGUUCGUUUCUGGCAAGAUCUCGGCUACCUUAUAAUUUAUAUAACUGGCCGACCGGACAUGCAACAAAGAAAAGUGGUGUCGUGGUUAGCUGAACACAAUUUCCCUCACGGAUUGGUCUUUUUCUCUGAAGGAAUUUCAACCGAUCCUCUGGGGCAUAAAGCGGCGCAUUUAAACAGUCUCAUUAACGACCACGGUAUAAUUCUGCAAGCGGCAUAUGGAUCCGGAAAGGAUAUAAGCGUGUAUCAUAAUUGUGGUUUGUCUCCGAAGCAGGUGUACGCCAUCGGUCGUAUCAGUAAAAAGUAUACAAACAUGGCGACAACUUUGAGCGACGGGUACGCGUCGCACUUGGCGGACCUCCGGCAGCCGGGCGCAGUGCGAGCGGCGCGUGGCAACGCACGUCUCCUCGUGCCUCGCCGCCUGCUCGCCCCGGUUAGUAAUGCCACUACUCGUAAUCGCCGUUAAAACUAUUUUAAGCCUCUUUUUAAAGAUUUUUGACAAAGUAUUAGAUACCCUAUAUUUUGAUAUAAUUUAAAUUAUAUACGUGUAUUAUUUCCGCGUCUCUACCUAUUUUUAGCAUAUUUCUAUAACGUGUCGUGCUUUUUACAGUAUUCGUUUAAUUCCUCCGCGUUACUAGAAUGUUGCGUAAUAAAUAGGGUUACGGUGUAGUCUUUACAAACAAGUUUAUGAAUAUUGAAUGUUAAAUAUAAAUACUUGAAGUCACUGUGUACCUAACUAAUUUGUAUUGAAUCUUGUUAUUUCUGCCUCAGCUAGUAUUGAUGUAAUCGUUUGUAUAGUAGUUAUUUAUUGUUGACGGGAGGGCUAGAAUCUCUUGUUUGCGUUUUUAUUUAUACUCUAGUCUUUGUAAGUUAGAUAAUGAUCUGAUUUUAUUAUAAAAAUAUAUUCCUAAUGUAAUUCCAUAAUUUAUGAAAAGGAAGGGGCUCUCCUCUGUCUAAACGCUUUAUAUAUCCUAAGGCCAUAUAUUUUUUUCUGAUAUGUUACCAGGUCUAAGGUGUAUAUUUCUAAGGUUAUUAAAAAUAUUCCUUGUAUUUAUGUUUAAAUCACCCUGUGUGAUAUAUUUUUAAUGUUAUAUUGACUAAUGAAUUCGCAUACGAGACAGACAAUGUUACUCAGAUUAUUUUCUUAUGUAAUUUAUGUUCAUCAUUAGUACACAAUUGACUGGAUGGCUGAACUUAAAUUGGAUAUGUAGUUAUUUUUUGUAAAUACCGAAUUAAUGUUUUUUCCUCAUCGUAGUAUCACUUGAAUCACUUAUCAAGUUGUUUUAAACAUGUUUGUGAAAUAUAAAAACUGCGGUGACACAUCUUCAAAUUAUUAUAAACUACGGUAUGAAAGCAAGCGAUGAAAUUCACUAUAUUGAUAUAUAUAUUACAUCGACUCAGAAUUUCAUUAGCUAGAGGGCAAGGCUACAUAAUAUUGAAUUUAACUUAUCUGACAAUGAAAAUGUACCUUACAGCAGCGGGCACAUCCUUGACUAAACAAGGGCACAACUGUUGUGCGAUUGUUUCGCAGCCAAUUUAACUGUUUAGGCACAAAAAUCGAGUAGUGAGCGAACUUCUAUAUAAGCUCAGAGGAAAAAUAGUGCGACUCAAUAGUUGUGCCAUAGUUUAGUCAAAGGUGAGCGCGCUUUAAAGCUGAUUUUAUCGAAUUCCACGCGAGUCUCAUCUAUUUGCUGUUUAAUAUCACAAGAUAUUUUAGAUAUCAUUGUUAGAUAGGAUUUUUGUUUAAUAAAUUGAAGUUCCAUUCUUACUUUAAAUGUUAUUGUAUAAUUCCGUGCAGGAAAUUAUUUCAGGGUUCAAUGUCUUUAUAUCAUUUAAAUUACGCAAAAUCUUUUUGAAGAUACUCAAUAGCUUAUAUAAAGUUUUACUAUUCCUUGUUUUGUUGUUUUUACUUAUUACCGAGUAAAUUUCUUGACAUUUCGGUUACCCGAACUGUAUUCUUUUUUUAAAUACGUAAAACUACGUAAAUUGUUUCUGCCUCUAAACUAUGCCUUUAAGGAAUGAGGUCGUAAGAUCUCGAAAAACUAAAUUGUUACUUGUUUUCGUAAGUUUACUCUAAGUAAACUGCCUUUCAUACUCUCGUUUUAUAGUUUUAUGUCUAGAUGUAAGAAUUAUAUUUAAGCAAAUUGUAGUGCGUGUUAAAUUAGAUAUGUUGUAUUUAGUCUAUGGUGUAAAGAUUCCCUUCAAAGCCAGUUUAUGUUUACUAGGCGGAGUCGUUCAAGGCCGUAGUCGUAAAUUGUAAUGAACGCUAACGAUUGACCGCGCCCACAACUGUUAUUUCCACCGCUUAAUUAUAUAGACUCUUCGUAUACAUGGUAAUUUCCGAUUGUUAAAUUAAUUUCUUUAAGUUAAAUAUGAUAAGGAAGGGUAUUGAAAUCUUAUAUUCCAUCGUAUUUCGUUACACGGUCGCGUAACGAUUUCCUAUUUUCUGAUUUACAUAAAAGCAUGACAAAUUAAUUCCUGUCAAUGAUGUAAUAUAACAAAUAUCACGUAUUUUAUUUGAUAUUCUUGGCAAUUACAUGCCCAGAUUUGCUAAAACUAACUGGAAAACACGCGUUUUUUUUCACGUUAAGCAUAAGACUAGAUAAUACAAUUAACAUUGUAGUGUGGUUGUAACAUUCUUUCAAACUGAUACGUAAGCAUCAUGUCUAUGAUAAUUGGCAUUCAUAAUGUUACAACAAAGACCCAUUUGAACUUAAUUGACCCGUCAAAAGACGAUGCCAGAUUGUCGUAGAAACCAUAGUAAAGAGAUCGCGUCGAAAGACUAGGUGACUUAAUAGCCUGUAACCCUUUAGCGAGCAUAUAAAAAGCAAAGAUUUAUGUCUAUAGUGAGUAAAUUCUAACAGAGCAGCGAUUCAAGCUAAUGUACAAAUGAUUUUUUUUUAGUUUGAUCCUUGAGGUUGUUCAAAUGUACUUGUAUUCAGUUUUAAAAUUGCAUUUGUCUUGAUUGUAUCAGAUCUCUUUAAAUUUAACAAAACAAUGACCGUUACAUGUUAACAUUCAUCCCAUUAUAGCUUUAUUACGGCAGAUCCGACCUAAAGAUGCCAGAUUUGCUUACACGUGAAUCAUAAUUUAAUACCUAUCUAGCGGAACGUGCCAACAAAAAUAUCUCAUUACCGCUAAUCGAGAGGAAAAAUUUACUGAAAAAUACGAUUGAAAUAAAAAAUAGAAUACAAUGAAAGAGGACACAACACAUGACAAUGGACGGAUUAUGUUUUAUAGUCAAGCAAGUGUUUUAGUAAAUAUAGCUUGGGUGUUUAUUAUCGAUUACUUAUUGGCGUAACUUGAUGUAAAAACUAUAAUUUUUCAUCGAAAUUACGGUCAAACAGGAACAUUGUCUCCUUUCAGCUCUUGAUUAAAUUAGGAUAUGCAAUCUUGUUUAUAAGCGGUUGGUAAUAUUUCCACCUUUGCCUCCAUAAUUGGAUCAAAAGGUGUAAUAGUUACUCACGGUUUAAAUAUACGCUAUUAUUUUGAUCCGUAAUAUUAGUCACAAUGUCGGGAAGGCCUAAAAGUGUUUUGGGAUGUUCACUAAAAACGUUACUAACAGGAAGAUUUCGUUGUAAGCAUUUCUUGUCUGUUCCCAGUAACGUUGGCUCUGUGCGGCUUCAUUCACGAGGUCGACCCACUUUAUGUAUAAACACGUUUUGCUGUUUCAAACACUCCGUUUAUAUACGUCGGUAUAUCCAAUAUCUUAUAGUUUAUAUAGUAAAGAAUUCACGUGGUUUUAUCUCGGCUUGAUACUUAUAUGAUUAUCCAAAAGUAUUCCUAGACUAGCUACCUUGACAAAAAUAUUUUUGUAUUUAUGUACAUUCAGAGAGAAAUAUUUAAAAUUUUAACAAACAGAUCAUAUU